UGUGUGUGUUUUGUCCCUGUCAGAGAUUACGAUGAACUUCGACACUGGAUUUAUGAACGUAGGCGAUAACUGGGCGGCUUAUCACACCCAAAUCUGCCUGAACUCACGUUACUUCAGAUUGGAGUUUGUUGUGAUGUGAGUCAUUAAAACCAGACAGAAUAAAACUCUUAAUUCUUCCUCCUUGGCUGAUCAGCUGAACGAGGCGCUGAAGCAUCUGUGGUUAGAUGACAGUGACGGUCCAGAAAACGAUGGACUUAAUUUCUCUUCGUACCUCCCACUCUCCUCCAUAUAUUUACAUGUUCUCCUCCCUGACUGUCCAACAUCACCCACCGGGGAAGUUGUGUAUAUAAGCGCUGUAACAUGAAGCGACUAACAGGAUGAGAGUGAUGUCGAGGGUUGGCAUGAGGCAGCUAUCUGUGCUUCACGUCACACUUGUGCUGACAGCUGCCGCCGUCGUCAACAGCAGCACCAACGGGUCUCAAACUCAGAAGCUGAUCGUCGGCUUCCAGGCUCCCUGGAACAUGUCGCUGCCCUUCAGCGCUCUGCGGCUCGGCUCGGCCAUACAGAUCGCUAUAGAGAAGGUGAACACCAACCCGUCCUUCCUGGGGAACUACAGUCUGGAUUUUGUGUACAUAGACACAGACUGCAACCCCAAACUCUCGCUGGGAGGGUUCAUCCAGCAGGUGUGGAAAGAGAACGUGUCCGCGCUGUUCGGACCGGCGUGUCCCGAAGAAGCCGAGGUCACUGGUCUCAUUGCAUCCACAUGGAACAUCCCCAUGUUCGGCUUUGUGGGACAAUCCUACAAAAUGGACAACGGUGACAUCUACGAUUCCUACAUCAAAAUUGUGCCGCCUCUUAGAAGAAGCUCGGAGGUCCUGAUGAAAACCUUGGAGUUCUUUGGAUGGAGUCACGUAGCGAUGAUCGGAGGAGGAUUCGAGUCGAACACGUGGGACAAAGUCGACGCUCUGUGGAAAACCAUCGAGAGUCCGCUGAGGGCAAACUUCAAACUGGCCGCCACGGUCAAGUUUGACACCAGCAAUCCUCAGCUGGUUUAUCAAAACAUUAAGUACAUCGCAACAGUCGCCAGAGUCAUUGUGGUGCUGACGAACAAGGAUGACUCGAUGGCUCUGUUGCUGGAGGCUGAGCGACAGGGUCUGAUGAACGGUGACUAUGUGUUCUUCCUGAUUCAGUAUUUUGAGGUCAGUGGCAGUGUGGAUAACUUGUGGAAAUACGCCCUGAACAGCAGAGCCAACCAAGACGCCAUCAGAGCGUUCGACAUGGUCUUUAUCAUCGGCCAGAGAUCUUACGAAGGCUACGAGUAUUACGACUUCUUUGACCAAGUCUUUGAAAGACUAAAGAGACAUCCGUUCAGGAGCAACCUGACAUCUGAAACAGAAAUCAGCCCUUACUCUGCCUAUCUGCAUGAUGCGGUGCUUCUUUACGCGAUGGGACUGAAGGAAGUCCUCAAAGACGGCAAAGAUCCUCAUGAUGGACGGCAGCUGCUACAGAGACUAAAAAAAAGGAACGACAUUCGAUUUCAUGGUGCGUCUGGACUCGUCCACUUUGACGACCAGGGGGAGAGAAACCUGGACUAUUCCAUUUACGACCUUCAGCACACGGGAGACACCACCAAGUUUGUACCCGUCCUCCAUUUUGACAGUCACACCAAAGAUGUCCGGCCGACAUCUGCGUUUGCUUCUGUGGUCUGGCCGAAAGGAAGACCUCCUUCUGAUAAACCAGAAUGUGGUUUCAACAACGAACUGUGUGAAUGGCUGACUAAUGACAUCGCCCUGCUGGCUCUGCUCGUGACCUUCCCGGUCAUCGGCGUGCUGUCAGUUCUGUGCAUCGGGAUCCUCAUCCUGCAGAAGUUACGACUCCAGACGAGGCUCGACGAUUCCUGCUGGUGGCUGAUCAACUACAGCGACAUCACAAUCAUCAGGGACUCCCAGGUUCAGGGUUUAUCUCUGAGCACAGCGAGUCAGAGUGUGAGCAGCGGCUCUCAGUCCACUUUCUCCAACAACAGCUGUGGUUUUAGAGACAAGGCGGGAAAGGAGCACGUCUACAGCACCAUAGGUCUCUACCAGGGAAAUCAAGUUGCCAUCAAGUACAUCAAGGACCACGUUAUCUGCAAUAUUCAGAAACCUUCAAUUAUCGCAGAGAUGAAUGUGAUGAAAGAGAUGAAACACGAGAACCUGGUGCAGUUCUUCGGGGUUUGCGUGGAGCCACCGAAUGUUUGUUUGGUGAUGCAGUACUGCAGGAAAGGCAGCCUGAAGGAUGUUUUGGGCGCUUCAGAUGUCGAGCUGGACGGGAUGUUUAAGUUCUCCUUUGCUUACGACAUCGUCAAUGGAAUGGAGUUCAUUCACAAAAGUAACCUGAGAUUUCACGGGAACCUGAAGCCGAGCACGUGUCUGGUGGACAGUCGACUGCAGAUAAAACUCUCUGGUUUUGGUCUCUGGGAAUUCAAAACAGGGAGCAAGAACAAGAUAAUCCCACUGGAAACCCCCAAAUAUGAAGAGCUGUACUGGACAGCUCCUGAGCUUCUGAGACAAGUCGGCGUCCCGAUCGACGGAACGCCCAAAGGUGACGUCUACAGCUUUGCCAUCAUCAUGUGGGAGCUCAUGUACAACUCUAAGUUGAACCCAUAUCAAGAUUUCAACCUGGAGCCCAAAGAGAUCAUCAUGCAGUUGCGGGCGCCUUUCCAAGGGGAACCCCUCCGACCGGCGCUGUGCGAGCACCUGUGUGAUGAGAACAUCAACGUGCUGCUGAGAGCCUGCUGGAGUGAAAACCCUGAUCACCGUCCACCGUUUGGGUCUAUCAGGAGGCAGCUGAGAGAAAUCAGCCCAGAGGGUCACGGCAAUAUUCUGGACAAUAUGGUGGAAAAGCUGGAGAAAUAUGCAAAUCACUUGGAAGAGGUGGUGGAGGAGAGGACCAAUCAGCUCACAGCAGAGAAGACGCGCGCAGACAGGCUUCUCUCCAGCAUGUUACCGAGGUACAUCGCAGAUCAGCUGAUGGAGGGGAAAUCAGUGGAGCCGCAGAGCUACGACGUCGUGACCAUCUUCUUCUCCGACAUCGUCGGCUUCACGUCCAUGUGCGCCGUCAGCUCUGCGAUGGAGGUGGUGACGUUCCUCAACGACCUCUACAGCCUGUUCGACGACAUCAUCAAGAUGUACGACGUCUACAAGGUGGAGACCAUCGGUGAUGCAUACAUGGUGGCCAGUGGCGUUCCCAUCAGCAACGGCAACAAGCACGCUUUGGAAAUAUCUACGAUGGCUCUGCACUUCCUCAGCGCCAUCAAGGUCUUCAGAAUCCACCACAUGCCGACCGAGUGUCUUGCAAUUCGAAUUGGGAUACACUCAGGUCCAGUGGUGGCCGGAGUGGUCGGAACCACGAUGCCUCGCUACUGUCUGUUUGGCGACACGGUGAACAUGGCCUCUCGCUUGGAGAGUAACAGCUUACCCCUGAAGAUUCACAUAUCUCAGUCCACCGCUGACAUUCUCGUCCAGGCUGGUUCAUUUGAGCUGGAGGAAAGAGGACAAGUCGAAAUAAAGGGCAAAGGGGCUCAUAAGACCUACUGGCUGCUGAACAAACAGGGAUUUAACCCUCCUGUUAUUCCUCGUAGCUCUUCACCAACCGACAGUCUGAAACUAGAGAAACUAGUGAUGCCCAGAGCGGCUGAGAAAAAGGCCCACAAACCCCUGAGCAAAGCUCGCGUCACGGACGCAACGAUGCCAUCAGUGCACAUCUAAAGAACACGUGGAUAUUCAGGCCGUGUCUCGGAUAAAAAAAGAAAAAUCAGAUGUAAAGAUCUGGUCUCACAGAACGCAGAGGCAGCUUGUUUCCUCCACUUGUGAAGAGGACGACUGAAGACAAAAUGGCGACAGAGUGAAAAUGUGAAAUACUGAGUUAAAGAAAGCAAAAAGAGCCGCGACCACAGACUGUUAGUGAAGGAGGCUGAAGAAACCCUUUAAUCUUGUUAUUGGUAACUUUUGUGCAAUUACAGGUUUACUCUUUGAUUAAUUUACUCUUAAUUUAAUUCAAUGCAAAUAUAAAAUGCACAGAUUAAUGUCAAACUCAAACUGACUGUACUUUGUAGCACGUCCAAAUGAAAAUUGAAUGUGAGGCAGCAAAACAAUUUUUGUUUGUGAAUCAUAAAGUCUUUAGAGGACCAACAAUGAAUGAAUGAAUUAAGUUUUGUUUAAUAUCGGGUCACAUAACUACACUCAAGACACCACAGUUUCAUAUAACAACCAAAGUGUUGUGUUUAUUUUAGAAAAGCAGAUUCAACAAUCAAAUAUUCAAACGUUUAUUGUCUUCAACAAAACCCAUAAAUUACUGACACAAACAUUUGAGUUAAAACUACAUAAAAACACCAUUUUGCCUUCUUUCUACACUUCUAGGAAAGUAAAAGCAUCAAAAUUAAAAUAUUAUUCCUCUCCUUGGUGAUCUGUACAACACACUAAUCUAAUGUCGGUUUGGUCACCAAAAGCACUUAAAACAUUGCCUACAUUACCCACAAUGCAAUUGAGCCACUAGGUGACGUCACUGGAGGCAAGUGAUCAGAUUACAGGUGACGUUACCCUUCAGGUAAAAGCAGUGACACCAGAGAGCAGAAGUUCCCUAUUACUCUGUUACAAGUCACAGUCUUCUGAUCCGAAUUUAAUUUUACAACAACGUUUAUUUUAAGAACUUAUUAUGCAGAAUGUCUCAGUUAGGAGUUAUUGAUUAAUUAAAGCGUUCUUCACUUUAAUUAAGCAGCUGGUAAAUAAGAUUUUAAUUACUUUACACAAUCCUGAGUAGCUUCUGAAUCUGCACAGUAAUUUAAGGUAACAAAUAAACUUAUUAGCACAAUAUUUGCCUAUUAAACGUGAUAAAAUAGAUUUACAAAGUCAGAAAAAAUGGGGACACGAUAACAAAAUUGUCCUCAGGUACAGUACCUGUACUCAGUUACUUUCCACACCGAGAGGGUUAGCUCACAUUUGAUUGGAUUAAUUUACAUAAUUUUCCCUGAUUCAUGAUGAUUAAUCCUAAAUAUUUAUAUUUUUCACAGCAAAGACAAAAGAAGUUUUUUUUAAAUUAAUAUAAAAAACAUUUAACUUUGACAAACAUCAAUAAUUAAGGCAGGGAGACAGUCUUGGUCACACUUUGCAUGGCGGUCAGAGAAAGACACAUAAUUAAAUCUAUAAUGAAUAAAUGAAAAUUAGCACCUCUAAUGACUCUUAACAAUGGCAUUUAUAAUGUGUUUUAUUGAGUGUGGCUGCAACAAACGAUAUAACUUCAGAAGUGAAGAAGACGUGCAGUGUUUUAUAACUUGUAUGUGAGCUGUAUGCAUCAAACAUGGUUAUUUAUUUAUCAUAUAUUAUAAUAAAUCGAUUUAAAUAUU